GGAGUGUCACCACUGUACGUUGCAGCGAGGAGGGGGCAUCUGUCGGUUGUUGAGUGGCUCGUGGAUCAUAGGGUACGCUUGGAUGAGAAGGACGAAGCUGGGCGAACUGCGUUGCAUGCAGCUGCAGAGGGCGGUCACAAGGAUGUUGUAGCUCUUCUGCUCGCUUACGGAGCAGACGUGAACUCCAGCGAAAAGAGUGGAUGGACAGCUCUCCGUUACGCCCGAGUCGCUGGGCACACGGACGUAGUGGAGCAGUUAAUUGCACGCGAAAAUGGAGAA